AAAACAAAGACUAUUGGGGUGAGGGGUCGUCUUUCCACGGAUGCAGCAAAGUGAAGUGGCCACCCAGAUAGAUCCGGAUUUCCUAUAUUUGCAUUUCUGUAUAAAAUAAAGUCAAACAGAAAUAAGGAAGAUUUUUCAGGAUAUUUCUGGUUUAAGUCUCUCAUGUGGAAAAAUUGAUACAACAUGAGUUCAGCUAAAGAGAGAUCAGUAUCAUCAGACGUUAAGUGUAUGUCUGUGAAGAGCAAUCAGUCUAUGGGACAUCCAGUUCAUUUUAAAGAUGGAGACUCUUCUGCUGAGCAGAGUAACAAACAGAUUCGGUCGGAUUCCUCCAGACAAAAGAAAGUGGAGACAAUUUUCAAGGAAGUUGAGCUUCAAAUCAUCUCUCUGAUAAAGAAAGAGUUAAAGUGUUUUAAGAGACAACUAAGCCCAGAUUACCCAACAAGGUCUAAUAAAGAGGAGGAGGAGGAGGAGGAUGAAGAUCAUGGCAGAGUCAGAGAGGAGCUUCUGAAGAUCACACAGCACGUCCUGAAGAAGAUGAACCAGACAGACCUUGCAAACUUACUACUGAACAAACUGGCCACAGUGUAUCAGCAAAAACAUAAAUCUAGACUUGAGAUAAAAUUUCAAAACAUUAACGAAGGAAUACCAAAUCAAAGUGGCUCAACACUUUUAAAUGAGAUCUACACAGAGCUGUACAUAACAGAAGGAGGGAGCGGAGAGGUCAAUAAUGAGCAUGAGGUGAGACAGAUUGAGACAGCAUCCAGGAGACCAGAGACUCAAGAAACACCAAUCAAAUGUAAUGACAUCUUUAAAGCUUUAACUGGACAAAACAAACCCAUCAGAACUGUGUUGACUAAAGGAGUUGCUGGAAUUGGAAAAACCGUCUCUGUGCAGAAGUUCAUUCUGGACUGGGCUGAAGGAAAAGCAAAUCAGGAUGUUCACUUCAUAUUUCCACUUCCAUUUAGAGAACUGAAUCUGAUGAGGCAGAAAAAUUUUAAUUUGAUAGAGCUUCUUCAUCACUUUUUUAUAGAACUUAGACAAUUGAAAAAGAGACACUAUGACAACUAUAAAAUGUUGUUUAUCUUUGAUGGUCUGGAUGAGUGUCGACUACCUCUAGAUUUCUCAAACAAUCAAAUUUUGUUUGAUGUAAAACAAUCAGCCUCAGUGGAUGUGCUGCUGUCAAAUCUCAUCAAAGGGAAUCUGCUUCCUUCUGCUCUGAUCUGGAUCACCACUCGACCAGCAGCAGCCAAUCAGAUUCCUCCUGAGUAUGUUGACCAUGUAACAGAAAUAAGAGGCUUCAGUGACCCUCAGAAGGAUGAGUAUUUCAUGAAGAGAAUAAAUGAUCAAAUUCUGGCCAACAGAAUCAUCACACACAUCAAAUCAUCCAGGAGUCUAUACAUCAUGUGUCACAUCCCAGUCUUCUGUUGGAUUACAGCCACUGUUCUAGAGAAGAUGUUGAGUAAAGCAGAGAGUAAAGCAGAGAUCCCCAAGACUCUCACUCAAAUGUUCACACACUUUUUGAUCUUUCAGAUGAAACAGAUGAGCCAGAAAUAUCAUGGAAGUCGUGAAAAUGAUCCUCACCAGACCAGAGACAUUGUGUUUUCCCUGGGGAAGCUGGCUUUUCAAGAACUAGAGAAAGGGAACCUGAUCUUCUACGAGGAGGAUCUAAGAGAAUGUGGAUUUGAUGUUAAAGAAGCAUCUGUGUAUUCAGGAGUUUGUACUCAGAUCUUCAGAGAGGAGUUUGGACUGUACCAAGGGAAGGUUUACAGUUUUGUACAUCUGAGCAUCCAAGAGUUUCUUGCUGCCUUAUUUAAAUGUCUGGUCUUUGGCGAGGACAAAGAAAACCAAUCAAAUGCAUCUGAUUUUCUAAAGGGGGAAGUAGAUAAAACGUUACAGAGUGAGAACGGACAUCUGGAUCUUUACCUGCGUUUUCUUCUGGGUCUUUCGCUAAAGCCCAAUCAGGAUCUCCUAAAAGUCUUGCUGACACAAACAGUAAGCAGCUUUCACGCACAGGAAAUAGCCGACUAUAUUAAGCAGAAGAUCAGAGAAAAUCCUUCUCCAGAGAAAUCCAUUAAUCUGUUCCACUGUCUGAAUGAACUGCAUGAUCAUUCUCUAGUGCGGGAAGUCCAAACAUACCUGAGCGGAGCAAGUGCCGGUCAACCGUCUAUUGUCAAUUUGUCUCCUUCUCAGUGGUCGGCUCUGGCAUUUGUGUUGCUGAACUCAGAAGAGGAGCUGGAUGAGUUUAGACUGAAUAAAUACCAUCCAUCAGAGAAAUGUCUUCUGAGUUUGCUGCCAGUGGUCAAAGCAUCUAGAAAAGCUAUUCUAAGUGGCUGUAAUCUUAGAGAGAUGAGCUGUUCUGCUCUGGCCUCUGUUCUCGAAUCGAAGACCUCAAAUCUGAGAAAGCUAAACCUGAGUUACAACAAUCUACAGGAUUCAGGAAUCAAGAUUCUCUCUGCUGGACUGAAGAAUCAGCACUGUAAAGUGGAGAUAUUACAACUGUCAAACUGCAGUAUCACAAAUAAAGGCUGUAUAGAUCUAGCAUUGGCUCUGAAGUCAAACCCCUCAUCCCUAAGAGAGCUCAAUCUGAGUGACAAUAAACCUGGAGACUCUGGUGUGCAGCUGCUCUCUGAUCUACUAAAAGAUUCACAUUGUAAACUGGAGAAAAUAGGGUUGUCGAAUUGUAGCAUCCCAGAGGAAGGUUGUGCUGCUCUGGCCUCAGCCCUGAGAUCAAACCCCUCACAUCUGAGAGAACUCAAUCUGAACUGGAACAAUCCAGGCGACUCGAUAAAGCUGUUUUCUGCACUGCUGGAGGAUCCAGAAUGUAAAGUGGAGAAACUAUUGUUGUCGAAUUGUAGCAUCCCAGAGGAAGGUUGUGCUGCUCUGGCCUCAGCCCUGAGAUCAAACCCCUCACAUCUGAGAGAACUCAAUCUGAACUGGAACAAUCCAGGCGACUCGAUAAAGCUGUUUUCUGCACUGCUGGAGGAUCCAGAAUGUAAAGUGGAGAAACUAUUGUUGUCUUGCUGCAGUAUUAAAGAGGAAGGUUGUGCUGCUCUAGCUUUAGCUCUAAAAUCAAACCCCUCACAUCUGCGAGAGCUGGAUCUGAGCGGAAAUAAACCACGAGACUCAGGAGUGAAGCUGCUCUCUCAUCUACUGAAGGAUCCACAGUGCAAACUGGAGAAACUACAGUUGUAUAAUUGCAGCAUAGGAGAAGAAGGUUGUGCUGCUCUGAUCUCUGCUCUGCAGUCAAACCCCUCGUACAUUAGAGAACUGAAUCUGAGUGAAAAUAAACCUGGGGAUUCAGGAGGAAAACUGCUCUCUUCUCUGAUAGAGGAUCCACAUUGUAAAGUUGAAAUACUCAAGUUGUCUAACUGUGGUAUAGGAGAGGAAGGUUGUGCUGCUCUGGCUUCAGCUUUGAAAUCAAACCCAUCACACCUGACAGAACUCAAUCUAAACUGGAAUAAACCAGGAGAUACAGUCGAAAGUCUGCUUUCUGAUCUAAUGAAGGAUCCACUCUGUAAACUGAAGAAACUAGACAUGAACACACCCUACAAGUCACCUUCUAUGAGAAUCAAGCAAGGAGGGCCAUGAGAAGAACAUUUGUGAUAUUGUAUAUUAUUAUGGUGUGUUUAAGUUGGUAUAUGUGGUUUACGGGGACACAGGAUGUGAACUGCUUAAAAACAAACUAAAUGGUAGUUUUUCAUAUAAUAAAGACUAAGUAAAUUAAUAACCCUUUAAAAAAAUUGUGACUGAUUUAGCAUUUUGUUGUUUAUUUAUUAUGAUCCUAUUGUUUAAACAGUCUUUUAAAGUUUGCUGUACCUAACAGCCAAUUAAGCAUAACCUUGACUGGGUUUGGUGUUAAUGGACUUGUAUGAGCAACAGUAGCUACAAUUUUCAAAGGUACAAAUUUAACAUUAUAGCCUACAAAGAGGUUUUGACUCAAGAGUGUAACAUACUUGUCUGCGCAGAUAGCAUUGUGGGUAAUGUGUCGCCUUGUAGUGCUGUUGUGUGUGUGUGUGUGUGUGUGUGUGCGUGCGUGCGUGUGUGCGUGUGUGUGUGUGUGAGCCGAGCGAGGUCGUGUACUAUUAUUAUUUUUGCUUGCUUGUUUUAUUUAUUUCACUUUUUGCAUUUCUGUUAUUUUUUUAUAUUUGUUUCGAAACCCAUAUCAUAAAUGAUCAUAAUACAAUUUGUCCACAGAAAAAUAUUAAUAUCAAUAAAAGUUCAUACAUAAUUAAUUCUUGUAAACAAUAUCAUUACGUUCGAAAAGGACCGGGAUGAAGCAGAAGCUUUUUUUUCCCACCCCUUGUACAAAUCACACUUUAACCAGUACAUUAUUAUAUCAUACAUAUUUUCCCUAAAAUACAUAUUUUGUUAAAUGUCCCAUAAAUUCCAGUUAUACACCUACAAAUAUUUUUGAACAAAACCAAAAAAAUCUUUAUCAUAUACACAUUAUCUAAUUUUACAAUCACUUUAAUACAUCCAGGCAUUGUUUUAUUUUUUACUUUAAAAAGUGUCUUAUACAACUUUUGCCCUGCUUCAUAUUUGCAUAAUAGUUUAAUCUCAGUUCUUUAAACACCAUUUAAUUUCACAAUCACCUUUAUACCUCCAUGUAUGACAUCAAUAGUGUUUUAUAAAACUGUAUAAUAUUUACACCAUAUUUUAAUCACAAUUCUUUAUCAUAUAAUAUACAUAUACUUCCUUUAAUUCCAUAACCAACACUAAACAUUAUAAAAAUUAAAUUUAUUAGGGCCUCCUGUAUGACAAUUCUGGAAAAUCCCUCUUCACAUCUGGAUCAUUCCUCUUGCCCUUUCAUUCUAAAUUCUGUUGCCCCUCGGGCUCUUCGACAGGCAUGUAGAAAAGUUGAGUGCAAAUGGAAGAAUAAAUGGAUAAACUUAUACACAGGUGUAUGGCAUUUUUUGAUAGUCACUUUCCACUUACCAGUUAAGUUCAGUUUCUACAACGUGUCCUGCUACACCAUAAUCUAGUGAGACCUAGUCCAUGAACUAUAUAAUAAAUAAUGAAUGAUAAUAAAUAAUAAAUGUCUGAUGUUACCUCAAAUUGUUCCAUUUUAUAUUUUAUAUUACCACGUCUUGGAUUAAUAAAAUAUACACCGUUGCAAUUGAAUCCUGCUCUUCUUGCCUUAUUUACGACAUCUUUUACUUCCCAGCAUGCAAUUUUGAGAGUAAAGAGUUUGAGAUUGUUUUAAAGAGUAAAGAUGUCUAAUAGCCAUCCAAACCAUUGAUCUACACUAUAUAAAUUACUGGAAUGCGCAUAGAAGGCUUAACGUAACUGCGUGAGGUGAAGCCAGUACACAGUUCGAGCGGCCAUCUUGGUAUACCCAACCGGCAGAGGGCGUCAUUGACUUCCAUUCAAAAUCAUGAUCUAAAUUCACCCGAUAUACAGAGUAGCAGUCACACAAGAUUAAUUUUGAGGAUAUGUGUAUGUAAAUGAAUUGUUAAUUCUGGUGUUAUUUGCAAUGUUUAUGUUUUA